CGGGCAGCCAAACUUUCCCCGCCGCUGCGUCUGUUGCAAACCUUUCCAAGGGGGUGUGCAGAUCCCCGGGCUUGCAAACAGCCCGGCUUUGCGUCGCUUUUGGCUCAUUCCCCCCCCCCCCUCCCUUUUUUUCCCCCCCUCUUCUUCUUCUGGCCGGUUUUUAUUUUUUGUUCGGGCUCUUUGCAACAGAUCAAUGGAGCACCAAGCCUUUAAACGGGCAAAAUUAUGGGAUGGCGCGUGCCUGCCCCCGCGCGCAUCCAUCAAGCGCGGGGGCUGGGGCUUAAAACCCGUCUGCAGCCUGAUUUAUAUAUUUUGGGGAGAGGGAAAAGAAGCAAGCAAGCAAGCAAGCAAGCAAGCAAGCAGGGGGGGGGGAAGGGAGAGGGGGGCGUGCGCUCGGCUUCCUCUCCCCGAGGAAUCUGCAGAGGGCGAUCCGAUGCAAACAAAGGAAGGGAUCUUUUUGACUCCCCCCCCCCCCCCAAUGGAUCACACACCCCCUCCUCUGCAACUCCAGCGAUUAAAUCCCCGCCGGCUGCUCUGCCCUGAACUUUGAAGGCUGGGCUGGAAGGAGGCGCCUCGGCUCCUGGCGGCGGAGGGGAGGAGGAGGGGGCGCUUUUUGGGGGCGGCGGGGGCGACCCCACAAGCUUUCCUCCGCAGCCGGCAGAACCGUUUGGGGCCGAGUUCCCCGCUGGAGAACGAACGGCAGGCCUAGCGGAGACGGACGAUUCUUAAUUUGGAUUAUAAACUGCAUUGACCUGUGACGGAUUAUCUGGUGGCGGUCUGAGAAUCCCUUUCUCGCCCGGCUUCUCGUGCCAAGAGAUACCGGUGGUUUGGCGGGAACUAGAAAGGACCCAGAGAAAGGGGUGGGGGGGACACCACCGAUGGCCAAGUGGCUGAAAGACUACUUGAGUUUUGGGAGCAGGAGGUCUCCCCCGCAGCCCCCCAAGCCGGACUACACGGAAAGCGAGAUCUUGAAGGCCUACCGGGCCCAGAAGAGCCUAGACUUUGAGGACCCUUACGAGGACGGGGACAGCAAACCUGAACCCGAGCCCGGCGGGUCCCCCGGCAAAGGUGUCGCCGCCGGCAGCGGUUCGGAAGGGAAGUAUGGCUCUCCGAAACACCGCCUUAUCAAAGUGGACUCCUCCGAUCUCAACCGGAGCAAAGCUCUCUUGGCUACUGCCGCGGAGGAAUCCGGAGCGCUGCUGGAUCAGGCAGAAGUUGCUGUUUGA